AUUCAUAUAGUAAAAAUUAUUUAUUUCAGUUAUUUUAAGCUGAAUUUGAAUGAAAUGAUUGACAGAGUGCUUCUUUAUAACUUAUCAACUUCUGCAUUUCCCAGCUAUGAUAAUGCGACUAGAAUUGAUUUAUAUUUCUUUCUUAUAGCUGUUGAAAAGUUUGUCCAUCCAUCAAUAAUCAUUAAUAUUGUAAUUUCAUCAAUUGGGAUUUUUACAACAUCAUUCCAUUUAUUCGUUUUAUCUCGAAAUUCAAUGUUAAAAUCGUCCGUAAUCUUGAUAAUGAUAGGAAUCGCUAUUUGUGAUAUAUUAGUGAUGUUUGUCUCUAUUAUUUAUAACUAUCUUUAUUUGAUUUUGGAAUUUAAUGUGAAACCCUGUGAACCACCUGCACCACUUUCAUUCUUUUAUAUGUACUGGAUCAAUGUAGUAAUUAAUGAUUUGUUCCGUCGAACAUCCACGUGGCUCAGCGUAGUUAUGGCCACAAUCAGACUGAUCGUCUUGAAGUUUUCAACGAGAAGAGCAUUUCGAAAAGUUAAUUUUCCCAAAUUCGGAUUCACUUUAGUUAUUGGAACGUUGUUAUCAAGCAUUCCAUUAACUGUAAUAUAUUAUUUCCGAUACGAUAUCGUUAAAAUUGGAGACUGGAAGCCUAUGAAUAAUUGCACAUUUGCAACGAGUUAUCCAGAAUCUCGUGUUAUCUUCACUUUGGUACAAUCCAAAGUCUACCAGGCUAACGAUGGACUUGUAGGAAAAGUAUAUCAAUUGAUUAAUGGAACAAUUUCCAAACUGUUUCCAUGUUUUCUGCUUCCAGUUCUAACCUAUAUGCUUAUUGUCGAACUCAAAAAAGCCAAGGAUCACCAGAGAAUGUUAAAUUUAACUAUAAGACCAGUAAUUAUCAAUGAAACCCAGUCAGUUGCCAGUACAGAAAGAACCACGGGGCUAGUCGUAUUUAUAACAGCUUCUACAUUUCUUAUUGAAGUUCCAAAUGGAAUUGUUCGUGUUUUACAAUUUGGAUAUACUGACUUGGGAUACUGGAGAAUGGCAACCUCCGUUGCACAAUUUUCAAGUGCCUUCUUUGUUCUACACGCGGCUCUUCAAGGCGCCAUCUUCUUUCUGAUGUCAUCACAAUAUCGGAGGGCAGUUUCAAAAAUAUUCAAGAAUGAUCGACCACCCAUCAUCAUUGCAGUCAGCUCUAGCUACACCUGA